AGUCCUGCUGCUCCUUUAAGACUUGUCCCCCCCGGUAUCUUUUUAUUUUUUUCCCUCUCAGCCUCAUACAAGGAGCUCUUUAACCCCCGGUACCGACACACAGAGCAGGCAUUCAUACUCGGGCAGCGCGAGCGAGGGGGCUGGGGAGCGAGCGUCACUUUGGAAACUCGGGAACUCACGGAUUCUCGUGCUAAACCGGCGACCUCCUUUUCUCAUUACUGAAGUCCUCGCCGUUGGAUUUCAAAUCGUGGGACAAACGGAGGAGAGAGAGAGAAGGGAAAGUCGGGAGGGGAGUGAGACCCGGUGAGUUUGGCGCAGAGAGUUGUGCAUUAGCAGGUAAACUGGGGUCCAAGGUGCGCGCUGAGCCGCCUAUGAUACCAACAACGCGGAUGGAAAGAACUUUAAUGUGGAACCCUCACAGAGUUUUGCAACGGAGGCUGAGAGUAGAGACAGACUGGCAGUUUAUAUUAUAACUUAAGAGGAAGGCCAGAGGGACAGAUCAGACAGCAGUCAGCCGACACUCCGUGCGUAACUGUAGGGAUAAACAGGAACAAGGAACCGACAGGUAGAGAUAGGCAUUUAGGAACAGGUCUUACAUCAUCUACGGGCAGGAAGAUGUCUAGAGAGGAGCAGAGCUUAUCGGAGGUAGAGCUCAGUCCCGGGAUGUCAGACGACAGUCGCUCCCUGUCACCGGGUCAUUCCUCCGGUGCGCCUGGCGGGGGGGACUCGCCUCUCCACGGGCAGCAGCAGCCGCAGCUGGCGGGUCUGGACGACGGGGCGGGGUGCUCGUCCGUCAAAUCCGACGAUGAGGACGAACGUUUCCCCGCGGGGAUCCGCGAGGCUGUGAGUCAGGUGCUCAACUGCUACGACUGGACCCUCGUGCCAAUGCCGGUGCGCGUGAACUCCGGAAGCAAGAACAAGCCGCACGUGAAGAGGCCCAUGAACGCCUUCAUGGUGUGGGCGCAGGCGGCGCGCAGGAAACUGGCAGACCAACAUCCGCACCUGCACAACGCGGAGCUCAGCAAGACCCUGGGGAAGCUCUGGAGGCUUCUUAACGAGAGUGACAAACGACCAUUUAUCGAAGAGGCCGAGAGGCUGAGGAAGCAGCACAAGAAGGACUAUCCUGACUACAAAUACCAGCCGCGACGUCGCAAGAACGGAAAGCCCGGUUCCGGUUCAGGAAGUGAGGCCGAUGGCCAUUCGGAGGGUGAGGUCAGCCAGUCUCACUACAAGGGCCUCCACCUGGAAGUGGUCCACAAUGGGGGGGCUCGGUCCCCUCUGGCUGAUGUGCACCACCCGCAUGCUGCAGGUCAGAGUCACAGUCCUCCCACACCUCCCACCACUCCCAAGACUGAGCCUCAGUCUGGUAAGGCAGGGGAUGGAAAACGGGAGGGCGUUGGGAAUGGGGGCUCCCGUGGCACAAUGGGAGCAGAGGGAAGCUCAGGUGCUCCAGGAUCUGGGAAACCUCACAUUGACUUUGGUAACGUGGACAUUGGUGAGAUGAGCCAUGAGGUGAUGGUCAACAUGGAACCUUUUGAUGUGAAUGAGUUUGACCAGUACCUUCCCCCCAAUGGGCACCCGGGGGUUGGGCAGAGCGCAGCGGGAGUAGCGGCUUCAACAGCUGCUCCAUCCUCUCCGUACACUUACGGCAUCUCCUCAGCUCUGGCAGCGGCCAGUGGACACUCAGCAGCCUGGCUCUCCAAGCAGCAGCAACAGCCGCAGCAACAUCAUGGCACCCCUCUGGGCUCAGAUCCCUCCAAGGCCCAGAUCAAGAGCGAGGCCGGAGGUGCUGGUGGUCACUUCGUAGAGGCAGCCUCACCCAGUUCCCAUGUCACCUACACUCCCCUCAGCCUUCCUCACUACAGUUCUGCCUUCCCCUCAUUGGCCUCCAGGGCUCAGUUUGCUGAAUACGCUGACCACCAGGCCUCAGGGUCAUACUACACCCACUCCAGCCAAGCCUCGGGGUUGUACUCUGCCUUCUCUUACAUGGGGCCCUCCCAGAGGCCCCUGUACACCGCCAUCACUGACUCAGCCAACGUACCGCAGUCACACAGCCCCACGCACUGGGAACAGCCCGUUUACACAACACUGUCGCGGCCAUGACAGACAACGAGACCAGAGGGCACUGGUGCAGGUUCAGCCCCCAUGUCAGACCCAAGGAGGAGCAGCAGCAACAGUAACGAUAACAGUGUUGGUGGUGGAAAUGGUGAAAGCGGUCUGGGCCAGGGGGAGUGUGCAGGCACUGGGGGAGUCGGCUGGGGAGACAGGAGGGGAGAAACCUCGUUCUGCUCUCGCCCGGUGGCAGAAAUGCUGUCAGAGCUCAAGGAUGAGCUUGGAGAGUGGUGCUUUUGAAGCGUGGCUGAUCAUUUGAGGCACACAGUGUAGUACUGAGAGGUGAGAAUGUAUUACUUUGGUAGCACAGAGGAAAAACACCAACCUACAACUACCAACAUUGUAGAGUUCUGGUUAGAUUUAAAGCAGAACCUCCGGUGGCAGUGUUCAGAAGUGGUUGGAUCAAGUCCCUGUCCGUUUGGUGCCUCCAUGUGUAUCAGAGGAGGCAUACUGUAGUCUACACCGCUCUCCUGCAAGCCACAAGGCGGCGGUAGCAACAGGGACCAUGGUACACAUUGAGAAUUCGCAGACUUUGACUGAGAGGGAGCCAAAUUCAUUCAAUAUCAAAUGCCUUUUUUUUGUGUGUGUACCAGAAGAAUGAAGUGCCUAAUGUUUGGCUGCGGCCCAUUUACUUCUCAGGCAAGACUGACCUUUUAUCAAAACAGAUGUUAAGAUUUGUAUUGCUUUUGGAAGACAAUGCAACAAAUACUGAUGACAUCCUGUUGGUUUCUGAGGCACAUUUGCGCCUAUUUAAUUCAAAUGAGUAUGCUGUGUUCACUUAAAAAUGCCUUUUGUACACACAACAUGCGUGGAAGACAAACGCCAUAAAACCAUGUUGAUAUUUUGGUACGUGAAAUGUAUAUUUUAGUCACACACAAAAAAAAAACAAUUUUCAUGAUGACUGACUGAUUAUCAGGAUAGUUUAUACGAUGUACUUGAAAUAACAAAUGUGCGUAUAUUGAUGCAUAUAGAUAUUUGUGAAACGACCAAAGUUUUGAGACCAAAACUUGUAAAGAAGAAACAGAUUGUACAGAUGUUUCUCCCAACGUGACACUCAAAACUACCUUGCAUUUUGUCGCUAAUUAGUUUUUUCUUUAGCUGCCAACUAUUUUCCAACAGGAUUUAUUGUAAAUUACU